GCCGGAGCCGGAGCCGGAGCGGGAGCGGGGGGAGCGCGGAGUCGGGCUGGCGGCGCUGCCCUGGAUGACGGGCGGCAGGUUCGACUUCGACGAUGGCGGCACGUACUGCGGCGGCUGGGAGGACGGCAAAGCCCACGGCCACGGCAUCUGCACGGGGCCCAAGGGGCAGGGCGAGUACGCGGGCGCCUGGGCGCACGGCUUCGAGGCGGUGGGCGGCUACACCUGGCCCAGCGGCAACACCUACCUGGGCCACUGGGCGCAGGGCAAGCGGCACGGGCUGGGCGUGGAGACCAAGGGCCGGUGGACGUACCGCGGCGAGUGGGCGCACGGCUUCAAGGGGCGCUACGGCGUGCGGCAGAGCCUCAGCACGCCCGCCCGCUACGAGGGCACCUGGAGCAACGGGCUGCAGGACGGCUACGGCGUGGAGACCUACGGCGACGGAGGUACUUAUCAGGGGCAAUGGACAGGAGGGAUGCGGCAUGGAUAUGGUGUACGGCAAAGUGUACCCUAUGGCAUGGCAACUGUGAUCCGUUCACCCCUCCGAACAUCUCUAGCCUCACUUCGCAGUGAGCAGAGCAAUGGCACUGUUCUACAUGAUAUUGCUUCAGACAGUCCAGCUGGAACAAGAGGCGGGUUUGUUUUGAAUUUUCACAGUGAUCCAGAAGCCAUGGGUAUUAAGAAAAAAGGAGGCUUGUUCAGAAGAGGAUCCCUCCUUGGUAGUAUAAAACUUAGAAAAUCUGAAUCUAAAUCAUCAAUAUCUAGCAAACGGAGCUCAGUCAGGAGUGAUGCUGCUAUGAGCAGAAUUAGUUCUAGUGAUGCCAAUUCUACAAUUAGUUUUGGAGAUGGUGACUGUGAUUAUUGUCCAAUGGAAGAUCAUGUUGAUGCCACUACAACAGAAACGUACAUGGGAGAGUGGAAGAAUGACAAGCGCUGUGGCUUUGGUAUUAGUGAGCGCUCAAAUGGCAUGAAAUAUGAAGGUGAAUGGCUAAAUAAUAAGAGGCAUGGAUAUGGAUGUACCAUUUUUCCAGAUGGCACAAAAGAAGAGGGAAAAUAUAAAAACAAUGUUUUGGUCCGUGGAAUAAGGAAGCAGCUUAUACCAAUAAGAAACACAAAAACUAAAGAAAAGGUGGAUAGAGCAAUAGAGGGAGCACAGCGAGCAGCUGGUAUGGCAAGAACCAAAGUGGAAAUUGCAACCUCCAGAACUGCACAUGCAAGAGCUAAAGCAGAUGCUGCAGAUCAAGCUGCUCAGGCUGCUCGCCAGGAAUGUGAUAUUGCAAGAGCAGUGGCCAGAGAACUCUCACCAAAUUUCUACCAACCAGGCCCUGAUUAUAUCAAACAAAAAUUUCAAGAAGGGAUGGAGGUUAAAGAGAAACCAGAAGAAAAGGUUCAGGAAAAACCACCUUCCCCCAAAGAGUCUCCUCAUUUUUAUCGAAAAGGCACUACACCACCUGGGACUCCCAAAGCAAGCCCAAGGCACAGCCCUCCUCUUCCUGUUAAGCCUUCUCCUGCAAAACAGCUGAAAAGUCAAAACUCCAGCUCAGGGGCAAGACUCAAUCAAGAAAAAAAGAUUUUAGCUAGUGAGAAUAUAACACCCACAAUUAACAAGCCGCUGUAUUCAAAGGCACCUGUGAAGGAGGAGGUAGCUGUGAAAUAUCAGCCAAAGCUUUCUGCCUACCACAAUCCCAGCAGUACAGGGAAUGGGGAGCUGCAUGAUCAUUACCAUGGCUACUAUGUAAAAUCAAAUCCAACACUGCAUCCACAUGAGCGUAGGGGAGAAGAUGAAGAUGCCAAUCCAUCAUCUUCAGCACUUGCACGAAUACCACCACCACAGAAGUCAAGUCCUGCCAGAUCUGUGACUAAGUCAGAAGCCAAAGAAAACAAACCUGAUACAAAAGUAAAGAAACCUGAGUUUGCUGCACCAAAGAAUCCAGCUAAUAAUGAGUCCCAUUCAUCAGUGGAAAAAGAAGUGGAUAUGUGUUCGGGUCCUAACUCAGUCAUGAUUGCCCUGGUAAUGCUGUUGAAUAUUGGUUUAGCCAUUCUUUUUGUCCAUUUUCUAACUUGAUUGGAAUUAGGAAAGUGAAGUCAUGACAACUAGUGGUGUUAGCCCACAAUUCUCUGCAGUUGUGUCAUCAGCCUUUUAAAUGGCACCAGUCAUACUCAGACACAGGGAAGGAGGCUUGCAAUUAGGAUGAGACGCAAGAGAGAUGAAACUUGGAAAAUUCAGCCAGGGGCCCGAUCAGUCUCGCUGCUGAUGAUCUGUGGCUCUGGGGUCCUCUGAAAGUUGAAGCAAGCAGCCACGUUGGAAAACAAGCACAACAAAUCCGCUGAAGCAGCCCAGCCGGUGAAGCACGUUGGCUACUCCAUCUGUUCCAGCAGUGUGACUAAACUGGAAAUGUACGGAGCUGCACUUUUUGUUGAUGGAAGCUAACAGCUGCCUUACUAUUUUACCGUCUGAUGUUUUUAGUGGGGAGAUGGGAAAACGACUGCCAGAGGAAUGUGGUCAGAGGAUUCUGUUGCUGUGGAAGUGAUUCCAGCGUUCACUCCUAUCUCAUUAGAAGAAAUAGUUAGCAGCAUCACUCACCAGUCUUAUUCCAUUACCUGCUGCUUUUAACAUCUCCUGCAAUGUUCUGGGAGAUUGAAUUUCAUUUGCUUGCGCAUGAUUCUGUUCAUUCGUUGUUUAUUAAACCUGAUGUAUAGCCAUGACAUAGUACAUAGUCCAGCCUGGAAACAUUUACUAGUUACACCUAGCAGCAGAAGCAGAAGAUAGAGUUAUAGUAAACAUAUAUUUUUUUAUUUGAAGGUAUAAUUCUUGAAACUCAUUUUCCUAAGCCUAUAAAGUCUUUUUACUUUAAGUUUUUGUAGGUAAUAUAUGGUAAUGAUAAAAUUUUAAGCUGCUGUUUAUAUCUUCCUAAACAUGCUCAAAUGCUUGCGUCAAUACCAAGCAAAAUUAUUUAAGAGACAAAGGGAGAAUCUUCAGGCAGUUAUCAGUACAUUAAAAAAGGAAGGUGGAAUAUCAAAGAUACAAGUUUUGCAUGGUGUUUUUUCUGACUCUGGUGUUGUGGUAAUUGGUGAUUUGAAUAAUUCUGUUUCAACACUGAGAUACUUUGCCAGCAGUUAGUCUCAUCUGAGUGCACAUUAAUGCCAAUGAAAGUUAAGCUAGUUAACAUGCGUAAAUUAUCAGAAUUUUAAAAUACUAGCUGUGUGUUGAAUACAUUCAGGUAGAGCAUUUAGAUCUAUUAAAAUGAUUGUUAUCAAUCUGAUGCCUUCAGUGUCUUUAAAGUCCAUCCAUAAUUUUACCUCAGAAAAAAGAAAUUAAAGCCUCAGUAAUUCAUUUGGAUCGUUUGUCUUAAGUAGUUUUAGAGUCCUUUGUUACAAUGAUAUGAUCAUGUUUCUUUUAUGUGCCAUUACACUGUAAUUAUUGUACCCUAUAUGACUCAAAAGCAUGCUUAUUUACUUAAAGAAACUGUAUGUGGUGUGGUAGUUUGAAAGUAAAUAUUUUAAUUUAAAACAUAAAAAGCAAAGGGCUUGGAUGGAAUAUGGUUUAUUUUAUCUCUGUUAGAAAAGAUUUCAUAUUUUAUAGUUUUUGAAUCUGUUUGUAAACUUUAUAAUUGUUUGCAUGGUUUAAUUGAGAAGUUACUUAAUGACUACAUUAGCUAUCUUUUGAUGCAGCACAAAGUAACGUAGGUGUGGACUGAAUAUUGUGUAGCCUUGAAACAGCUUAAAGCAGGGCAGUAACACAGUGGUGUUUUUUGCAGAAGUAUGUUGAGAAUCCUGUGUUUUGACCAGUGUGGAAUAAAGAAGAAAGCAGAAAGAGAGCAAAUGAAAAUAAUUUGUAUAUUUAUUUUUUAAAGGAUAAAAGAAAAUUGUGCUUU